AUGCCAGCAUUGAAGAUCCCACUUUUCAAAAUGAAGGACAUGAUACUGAUCCUGUGCCUCCUGAAAAUGAGUUCUGCAGUGCCGGUGUUUCCUCAGCAACCUGGGACACCAGGCAUGGCUAGUUUGAGCCUUGAGACAAUGAGACAGUUGGGAAGUUUGCAGGGAUUAAACAUGCUUUCUCAGUAUUCAAGAUUUGGCUUUGGGAAAUCAUUUAAUUCUUUGUGGAUGCAUGGUCUCCUCCCACCACAUUCCUCUCUCCCGUGGAUGAGACCAAGGGAACAUGAAACUCAACAGUAUGAAUAUUCUUUGCCUGUGCAUCCCCCACCUCUCCCAUCGCAGCCAUCCCUGCAGCCUCCACAGCCAGGACAGAAACCUUUCCUCCAGCCCACCGUUGUAACCUCCGUCCAGAACACAGUCCAGAAGGGAAUACCUCAGCCUCCGAUUUACCCGGGACAUCCACCCUUGCAGCAAUCAGAGGGGCCAAUGAUUCAACAGGUGGCACCAUCAGAAAAGCCAUCAAAGACCGAGUUGCCAGGAAUGAAUUUUGCUGAUCCACAAGAUCCAUCGAUGUUUCCAAUAGCCCGUUUGAUAUCUCUGGGACCAGUGCCACAAAAUAAACCACCUCCACUUUAUCCAGGAAUAUUUUACAUGUCCUAUGGAGCAAAUCAAUUGAACGCUCCUGCCAGACUUGGCAUCAUGAGCUCAGAAGAAAUGGCUGGAGGAAGAGGAGGCCCCAUGGCCUAUGGAGCCAUGUUCCCAGGAUUUGGAGGCAUGAGGCCCGGCCUUGGAGGGAUGCCCCCCAAUCCAGCCAUGGGCGGGGACUUUACUCUGGAAUUUGACUCCCCAGUCACUGGAACCAAAGGCCCGGAGAAGGGAGAAGGAGGUGCACAAGACCCCCCUGUGUCAGAGGCCAACCCAGCCGAUCUGGAAAACCCAGCUCUCCUUUCAGAGCUAGCACCUGGUGCCCUUGGAGGGCUUCUUGCUAAUCCUAAAGGCAAUAUCCCCAACCUAGCAAGAGGCCCUGCAGGGCAGAGCAGGGGACCCCUCAGGGUCACCCCAGCAGCUGCAGACCCACUGAUGACCCCUGGAUUAGCUGAUGUUUAUGAGACCUACAGUGCUGAUGAGACCACAACUCUGGGUCUCCAGGAAGAAACCACCGUGGAUUCCACAGUGACCCCUGACAGUCAGCACACAUCGAUGCCAGGAAACAAGGCCCAGCAGCCCCAGAUUAAGCAUGAUGCAUGGCAUUUCCAAGAGCCCUGA